GAGCACCAUUUGCAAAAUUGUCCGUUCUUGUAUUCUAAAUUUAAAAUUAAUUAUAAUAUAAAAUACUAUGAUCCAUGUAAUUGACUUAGACCAUGAUUGACUUUAAUGUUUUAAAUGGAGUUCUUAGUUUCGGCUAAGAGACAGUUCUUAGUUUUUUUUUAUAUUUUAAUUAAGAAAAAUUAAAAACCGUCUCUUAAAUAAAAUAUAUAAGAGUCGUUUUUUAGUCGAAAAGUAUAAAAAAAGUCAAAUCAUGAUGCUCUUAUAUUAUUUAAAGUAGUUUUGUUUCUAUAUGACUUGAUAGAACCUUAACUAAUUGGUGAUGAUAUUUUAAUACAUAAAAAAUAUAACCUGAAUUAAUUUAUGAUGAGAUUUGUUGCGGCCAUGGUGGUAUUUAUAGAGGAAAAAGAUUUUGAAAUAUAAUGUUGGCGAUUGUUGAAUUUUGUUGACAUUUAUUUCGUGUAUAUAAGAGAUGCAGUUUCGGACGUAGGCUCGAUUGUUAUCUGUUUUCGAAAAUUAAUUAAUAGCACGAAAGAUGACGAUUUGGGCCCGGUUAACUUUAAAGACUGCAAGAGCCGGAGAGGAUAUCAGUCAACUUUGUUUAAAUCGAAUCUCAAUUAAAUAUAAUUUUACACCGACGUGUUAGAUGGAACUUUGAAUAAGUGUAAUUGUUUGGUCAAUUUCUAUGAAUGAAAAGAACUAAAGUAAGUGUUGCUCAAAGUUGUACAAUUUUGAUUUGUUUUUCCAUAAAAAUGCUCACAAAUGUUUGGUUUCAACUUUCAAGUACUGCACUUGAAAUAGUAUUUCAAUAACUUACAAAUUUAUUUUAUGACUGAAAGAUGUGCUUUACAAUGAACUAAAACAGUAACUUUGCAAAAUAAAGGUAUGAUUAAUGUAUAUGUAAAAAACUAAUGCUCAUAAAAUUAUAUGUAAAUAAAAUUUGACAUUCAAAUAAAAUACUCCUUAUGUUCCCGAAAAAAAGAUUUUAUAGAGUAUUCACGUAUAUUAAGAAUAUAAUAAAUAUUUAUAAUUAAAUUUAUUGUUUAUUUCACUAUACAUUUUCUAAUAACUAUCAACCAAUAAUAUUUAAUCAAUUCAAAUAUUCUUAAUUAAUCUUUUUUAAAAAUAUACAAUUUAACAACAUUAACUACUAAAAAUAUUUUAAAAUUCUAGAAAAUAUAUUAUUUUGAAAUAAAAAAUAACUAUAGAAAAUCAUACUUUUGAGCACGGAGGAAGUAGAUCAAAAUAUAUUGAAAGAUAUACAAUACACCAAAAAGUGAAUGAUCUGAGAAUUUAUAUAGCAAAGCUACGAGUAUAUUUACUAAAAUUCUUAAUUGUAACAGUUUCCAAAGAGAUGAAAAUAUGAACUAAUCUUCUAGGAUCAUUAAAAACUCAUGUAUUCAAUAAAAUUUUGAGAUGAUUUGUAUUAUAACGAUAAAUUCAUUGUUAUUCAGUUAUUAAUUUUGUAAAAUUGUGAAUUUUAAGAUUAUUCUAUUAUUUUAGAGUAUUUUGGUAGAGUUUUUAUUAGUUACAAAAAUAAAAAUCCAAAUAUCCUAGUUUAUACAAAAUUCCAAAUAUGUUAAUACAUUAUAAUGAAUUUUUUUUGUCAUAAUGAAAUUUUAAUUUCCUAAAAUCAUUUAAAAGUUUAUCAAAAAUAAAAUCACCUUAAAUUCUAGAUUGAGUAGACUUUGUACUUGGCUUUGCUAUUUUAUGUGAAAAGAGAGAGAAAAGCUGAAGACGAAUAGUUUAGAUAUGGAUAUGGAAACCCAAGAUUGAACUAUGUUUUUUUUGAACUUUACAGUAAUAGAACCCCAAAUGUUUUUUAUUGUUGUCAUAACUUAUAUUGUACAGAUCGAACCAACAUUUCAUCCAGUAAACGCAAAAGUUCCAACAUUUUAUUCAAAAAAGCCGAUACCAAAUAUUAUAAAAUCCCAGACUAUAAUAAAAAUGUUUUACAUGAUUUUAUAAUUUCCAAGUUAUUAAUCCAAAUUUUAUUUUUUAUCUUUUAAUUUAUUGGUCAACCCCAAUUUUAUUAUUUUUAUUAAAUUAUUUAGAGCUCCAGAAUCUUUUUUUUUUUGUUUUUGUAUGACUAACCUUUCUUAGAAUUUAGAAAGUUAAGUUGGGUCUAAAUUGUAAUCGAUGAUAAAUGCCUUAACAGUCCGGUUGUUUUUAGUGGGUAAAAUCAGCCCGGUUCGUUUUGGUUUUGAAUUUUGAAGAAAGUUAUAAAGCAAAAUUGUAUAUUUUUGUUUUGGUUCGAAUUGGUCUGAAGAUUCUGUCUGGUUUUGGUCUGAAAACAAAACAACAAAACUUUUCUGCAUGUUACAUCGGACUCUUCUCUGUCCGAGACGCCUCAAAUUCCUACUAUCAUCUACCAAACACAACCGUCACAUCACUCAGAUCCACGCUCUCGUAAUCACCAAUGGUGACUUACUUCAUGGAAGCUUCAUCGCUCGCGACCUCGUCGCGUCCUGGGUACGAAUCGGCGAGAUCUCGCACGCCCGCAAGGUGUUCGACCAAUUGCCUCACAGAAACGUAUCUCUUUACAACUCCAUGGUCGUGGCGUAUUCCCGCGGAAACAAACCAAACGAGGUUCUGCGCCUUUACGAUGAGAUGAUAGACGAAGGUGUCCGACCAGAUAGCUCUACCUUCACCAUGACAAUCAAGGCGUGCUUAAACGCUAUGGUGUUGGAGAAAGGAGAGGCAGUGUGGUGUAAAGCUAUAGAAUGUGGGUACCAAAACGACGUCUUUGUUUGUUCAUCUGUGUUGAAUCUCUACAUGAAGUGCGGGAAGAUUGAUGAAGCUGAAGCUCUGUUUCGAAAGAUGACGAGAAGGGAUGUUAUCUGUUGGACAACGAUGGUGACAGGUUUUGCACAAGCUGGUGAGUCUUUGAAGGCGGUUGAGUUCUACAGAGGGAUGCAAAGGGAAGGGUUUGGUAGAGAUGGGGUCGUGAUGAUUGGUCUAUUACAAGCUUCUGCUGAUCUUGGAGAUCAGAGAAUGGGUUGCUCUGUGCAUGGCUAUUUGAUCAGGACAGGUCUUCCUAUGAACGUUGUGGUUGAAACCACGUUGGUUGAUAUGUAUGUAAAGGUUGGGUUUAUAGAGCUUGCUUCAAGGGUGUUUAGUGGGAUGAUGUUUAAAACUGUUGUCUCGUGGGGUUCGUUGAUCUCUGGGUUUGCUCAAAAUGGGUUAGCUGAUAAAGCCUUUGAAGCGGUGGUAGAGAUGCAGAGACUUGGGUUUCAACCGGAUCUUGUGGCUCUUGUUGGAGUACUAUUGGCUUGUUCUCAAGUCGGGUCGUUAAAGACUGGUCGAUCCAUACAUUGUUACAUCUUGAAAAGGCACUUUCUUGACAGAGUAAGUGCUACUGCUUUGAUGGACAUGUACUCAAAAUGCGGCGUUAUCGCAAGCUCGAGAGAAAUCUUUGAUCGGACAAGAGGGAAAGACUUGGUUUGUUGGAACGCGAUGAUAUCUUGUUACGGAAUCCAUGGAGACGGUGAAGAAGUUGUGUCCAUGUUCGUGAAAAUGACGGAAUUAGACAUUGAACCCGACCACGCCACGUUUGCGUCUCUUCUCUCUGCUUUUAGCCACUUAGGUCUAGUGGAACAAGGCCAGCAUUGGUUCAGGUCCAUGAGAGAGAGAUACAGUAUCCAACCGAGCGAGAAGCACUACGUUUGUUUGAUUGAUCUUCUUGCACGUUCAGGGAGAGUGGAAGAAGCUCUUGACAUGAUAAACUCUGACAAACUUGAUAACGCUUUACCCGUUUGGGUUGCUCUUCUCUCAGGAUGCAUUAACCAUAGGAAUCUAUCAGUUGGUGAGACAGCUGCUAAUAGGAUUCUAGAGUUGAAUCUGGAUAACAGUGGAAUCCAGACGCUGGUUUGUAACUUCUUUGCUACUGCGAAAAAGUGGAAGGAAGUGGCUAAAGUGAGGAAGUUGAUGAGAAGUGGGGCCAUGGAGAAAGUGCCAGGGUACAGUGUGAUCGAGGUGAAUGGACAGCUUAGGACUUUUGUCAUGGAGGAUCUGAGCCAUCAUGAGCAUCAUCACAUGUUGCAAGUGUUGAGGGACUUGAGUUCUGAGAUGAGAGAUGUAUAUAAUACAUGUACAUCCAUUUCUGAAUGUGUUAUUUGAUCUAA